AUGUGGCUGCGGGACCUCCUUCCUCAACAUCUCCCUGCAGUGCGGGUGAUGAUUUAUGGAUAUUCCGCCCAAGUGCAAGGAGCCACUCAGGCCACAAGUAUUCUUGAGGAUCAUGCGGAGACCUUUCGACAGCGGCUAUUGUCAUUUCGCCGCUUCGGGGCCAAACGUCCACUUAUUCCAAUUGGCCAUAAUCUAGGUGGCUUGGUCAUCAAGGAGUUUAUCGCCAAGCUAGAUUAA